CAAUCAGUUUUCAAAAUCGACGCGCGACUGGUACAUACACGGGACUCGGUACUGAUCAGCGCGCAUGGACUAUGCCACGGUAGUGAGCAUGUGGUUCCGUAAAUAUUUGUUGAGUAAACGCAUUAUGCUGACUGUCUGAUCUGUAAACAUAUCGCGUAUUCAGAAGUUCGUAGGGAAUGAAAAAGAUUCAUUAGUAAGCAGAAACUUUUGCCUAGUAAAAAAAACCGCGCAAUCUUACGUGAGAGAAAUAAUGGCGGCAUGCAACAGAGAAAGAAAAUGUGAUGGAAAAGAAUUCAUCCGCAAAGAAAUUAGACGAUUGAAUGACAGUGUGAAAAAAAUCUACAUAUCUGUCGAAGAAGAAAUGAAUAGAAAAAUGAGGCGACGAGCCAUAAUGAAGAUGAUACAUGCAAUCGAGCGAGAAAGUGCGGAGCGUGCAGAAUGAAGAAUAGAACAAUUAAUCAGAGGCGUAGGCACCAGCGUCAUCAAAGAAAAAAGACACAGAAGUCAGACAAGUCCAAAGACGCGUUGCAAGAGAAACACAUAAUGAAACGAAGAAAUCGGCGUAAUAGAGAAGAAAUCACACAACGAGUGAGAAGUCGGCGAAGAGGAAUUAUUGAAGAAUUAGGAACACACCGGCAUGAGAAAAAGAGGUUGGACAUGGGCGAAGAAACAUCAGAGGCGACCAGAUAAUGAUGACGCGCGUUCACCAGGAUAACGAGCCAGGAUCUCUGCCGCCCUCGCAGUACAGAAUGCGGCCAGGCUUCUGCGUGCACGCGGUUAAUCAGCUUUCAAAUUGGCGCGCGACUGGUACACGCGACUCGGUGCUGAUCAGUGCGCAUGGACCAUGCCACGCCAGUGAGGUAUGUACUAAACGGAUCUCGAUGCUGAUCUCAUCUACCUUACUUUGUAUUGUCUAUUUCAUCUUAUGUCUCCCUCACUGUUGGUUUAACAAAGCCUGAAAUUGUCUCUUCUAAUUUCUGUCGCAUUCUUUAUCAGAAUUUGUUAUUUGCGUUCGCGAAGAUGCACACUGAGGACUCGAGAAUGCUAAUUUUCUUUACAUCAAACUGCAUCAAGCUACAAUAAGCACAGAUUUAUAGAUUCACUGUGCGUAUAUCUUACAAUGUGAGCAUCGCAAAACCGCUCUCUUAUUUCCUCUCAUCAUUAAAAAUUCGUUAUUUAUAGGCAGAUAAAGAAAUUUUUCUCGGUGUCAGCUUGAGGCUUUCAUGUUCUUACCCCUCCUGAGUUCGGUCAGUGAGAGUUGUGCAAAAUUCCGCCCAUGCCCGUCCCCGUACUUCCUCCGUCCCUGACGCUUCCGUCGUCGUAAGCGCGCGCGGAAUCGUUCGAAAAUGAAUUCGAUGCCGGAACGAAUAAUAUACGCCGCUCUCGACACGUGCCCAAGAAAACAAUUUUUUGCCGUCGUUCUCCGGCGAAGGUCUUCAUACAUAUAGUAUAGAUAUGUAUGCGUACGUAUCAUACAUCGUCGCGUCCGGUAGCUGGGGCGACGCCGACGCGCCGGUAUGCGAGGAACGAUCCCGGCCGAAGACAGCGGGAUAAUAAAAACCGGGUGAAUCGGCCUGGCACCUCGCGUUGCGAUUGGUCGCCGUCCCGUGGUCGACCCUUACCCCGAAAAUUAGUCAGGAUUCCAGGAAACAGUGUCCGCCCUCCUCGUACCCCGCGAACCGGGGUGACUCCCCUGUUACUUGUACCUUCGCCAUUUAUUUUGUUUACACCGCGUACCGCGCCGCUGUCGCUCGCUCGCUCGCCUCCUGCUCGCUUGCUUGUUCGCCCGCGCCGAUUACAACCGCGGGUUACAGCGCUGCCGCCGAUCGAGUUGGACGGCAGCAGCGGCGUGGACGGGGACCGCAGAUCCGGGACGAAAAGACAGAGACCAACCGGUGGGACCAGAACCAGGCCCCGGCGGUAUACCACACGUCCUCGAUAGUCCGACGCAGUGUUGUCGUCGUUGUGCAGGUCAGUUCGCGUCCUCGGACGGCAGUGAUGUGUGAAGUGUACUCCGACAUCAGAUAGAUCCCUCUUGGAUACCUCCAGGUAUCCCUUUCGAGCUACGUGAUUUCAUAGAUAUCUCCCAGCGCAAGCACUGCGACGAGCGCUUCUACCUGCAUCCAGACAGGAACACUAUUUUCUUACGUGCCCUCCUUAUUCUUAUGUGAUCUCCGAGUGCCCUUCGGGUAUUUCAAAUCGACGGUUUCACGCAUACGCGCUGACACUGCUGCGAAUCCUCCGAUGAUUCGUGCGCUUCCUACGAUUUGCACGUCCGGCUGGUCUGAUGUCAGUUAGUUCGCGCUGAACGAUACGAUAACCAGUGUGUAUCUGGAAAUUAUACAGAAGUAGAAAUAUAGUCGGGUAUACUCAGGUACUUUGAUGAUAUCUUCCACAUCGCCUGACUGGAGUGCGCGUGCGCAUUCAGUCGGACACCUCAUCUUCGACUUUGAAGGAACUCCGUUUCUCCCUGAUUUCUUGGGGUUUAAGACUCCGCAGAAAAGAAAUCGAACGAAGUUAUGAGCCUGCAAAUGGCACGCCAAUUUUGCGGAAGGAAUCCUUCGCGCGGAUACCUUCCCGUAAUGUCGGAGCAGAAGAAACGUGCUUCGUUUUCUUACUUUGACAUCGUAUUAUUGCAUUAUACGUCCGGGCACACAUAAUUCAAGGGUUGCUGACAAAUUAGAGAGAUCUCAUAGUUCGUUUAAUGGUCGUCGAACUCGUGCUGAACCUCCCUUGUGCCUGUUCGUAAUGUAUAAAAUUACGUCUACGUGACUCCUCGUGAUUGGUAUUGCCUACGUGAUGUUUACCUUUUUUUCGUGCAGACUGUGAGCCAUGCAGGAGCAAACAAGCUGUUUCUUAUUCGGAAUAAUGAAGGAAUUUCGGCGAAUUUGCUGCAUACGCAAGCGUUAAAUUUUGCAAACGUACAUAAUGCCGUGAGAAUAAUCGAUUAAAAUUAUAUUUGUUUUCUCCGUGUAGAUUCCCAGCUACCUAACUCCAAAGAUAGGAGAAGACAUUCAUCAUAGGAGACGCUCACACGUAAAUCGUGCGCUCACUCCGGGAAUUUACUCCGAUGAUCCAUCAGGUUGCUGUUCUGUACACAUGGACACUCAGUAUUGACGAUGACGUUCACGUGAUCGUGAUGGAUCAUCGCGAAAGACGGAAACCGCACGUGAAAAUAAAUUCCAACGUGCGCCGACAAUGAAGCAAGUGCGCUGAACAAGCCGGGAAGCGCGAAAACCCGAAACCUCCGUGUCCUUCGAAAAUUAUAUCCACGCGAAAUAAUUCGAAGUUACAGAGCAGAUGAACUUACAAGUAGACAAAAUAGUUUAUGUAAAACUCCGUUACAUACCGAAACAAUAGCGUUAAUUUGAUGGUACCGCCUACGUUGGCCGGAUGUAAUAUCUUUAGAUGUCUUUAGAUCUCUUUAGUUUGCGCACAUCUCACCUAUCACAUGAGACUCCUAUUAGAACGUGUUCAAUUUCUGUUUUAGCAGCGUCGCGACGUGGGGGAGGUAGACGGAGGCGGAGGCCUCGGUAGACGACAGGAUGAGGCCCGACGAGAUGGUGAUGGUGAACAAUGGCGAGCAACGGCGAGCGGCUGAAACCAUGUCGGAGACAUCCGAGGGCACGGCGACCACCAGCGUGUCCGGUAAAUCCGGCUUCGAGAGUCGCGAGGAACUGCGCGAUGUCGCCGCUCUGUUGGGCAUCAGCGACCCUGAGGACCUGCACCAGGAGCGCUUCCGCGUAGAUCGCCGCAAGCUGGAACAGAUGCUUCUCGGUGAUGUCAAAUCGGCAGACACGUUCUUCCAUAGCGUUAUGGAGGAAACAAAUACCUAUGUUACAUGGCCGUCGCGACUGAAGAUUGGAGCAAAGUCAAAGAAAGAUCCGCACAUAAAGGUUGCAGGGCGAUUAGAUGACGUACGAUCAGCGAAGGAGAAGAUAAUGGAAAUUUUGGACACACGGCAAAGUAAUAGAGUGACCAUGAAGUUGGACGUUAGCUACACCGACCAUUCGCACAUCAUUGGCAAAGGUGGCCUGACAAUAAAGCGAGUGAUGGAAGAAACUGGCUGCCACAUCCAUUUUCCAGAUAGUAAUCGCAGCAAUCAUCAGGAUAAGAGUAAUCAGGUCUCUAUAGCUGGUGAGAUUGAAGGCGUCGAACGCGCCCGUGCUCGUGUUAGGAAUCUAACGCCUCUGAUCUUCUCGUUCGAGCUGCCCAUAAUGGGUACAUCGCAGAGCACUCCAGACUGCACCGCACCGUACAUUGUGAAAAUACAAGAGAAAUACAACGUACAAGUGAUGUUCCGAACAAGACCGAAGUUGCAUGCUACUCUCGUGGUCGUCAAGGGAUGCGAAUGGGAAGUUUCUCAAGUCAAGGAGGCGACGCUUCUGCUGAUUCGUUACAUGUGCAAGAAUCUAGCUAAUCAGAUCCAAGUACAAAUGUCGAUGGAGAUCUCACCUCAGCAUCAUAGCAUCGUGCUAGGAAAACAGAGCAACAAUCUGAAGAUGAUCAUGCAACGUACCGCUACGCAGAUUAUGUUUCCUGACGCCGGCGAUCCGAAUAUACCCAGUCUCAAAAAGAGCAACGUCACCAUCACUGGCGCCAUCCACAAUGUUUAUUUAGCCCGACAACAGUUAGUGGGCUCAUUACCGUUGGUACUUAUGUUCGAUCUGCCGGAAGACUCUAUGUCUGCUUCCGUGGAUACCGAGAAGAUCUCUCAGCUCAUGCAAUCCUUAGAUGUAUUCAUUAAUAUUCGACAUAAGCCGAAGCAGAGCACGCUCUCCGUGAUCAUUAAGGGAAUCGAGAGAAACGCCGGUAACAUUUAUGAAGCGCGGAAACAGUUACUGGGUCUGGAUGAGCCCAGGGUCCACGCCGAGAUACCAGCCACUUAUCACAUUCCGAAUGCCGGCAGUAUCUUCCAAGGGAAUUCCAACAACAAUAAUAAUGAUGUUAGCGUCCCUAACAAUAAUCUGAUCAGCAUGCCAGAUAACUUCUCGAGCAUGCUGAACAUAAACACGCAGAAUCCGCCGUAUUGCGUGUCACCGAUGCACUCGCCGAAUCCCAUGGGAUUAUCGCCGCACUGGGGUCACACUCAUAUUAUUCCGUCCAUGUGUCCCUAUCCUCACUUAAACCACCUGCUGCCGACGCAACACAUGCUGCACAACAACGUGAUAGGAGCUCCUCAUGGCCUUCAUGGAUUAUCGAACCCUGUGAUGUCUGGUAUUGGAUCGUUUCACCCUAAUAGUGUGUCGCCUAACUUUUCCGGUAUCCAUGGCUUGAAUACCAACUCGUUAACGGAUAGCAAAGAGAGCAGCACUUAUUCUUCGUUGAGCAGCGUUUCCAGUUCUCUAUCUAGUCCUGCCAUCAGUCCUCGUAAUGUUUCACCAGUCAAUUCCACAGAUGCUAGUCCUAACUUAACGGAUCUAUCCAGCAUGUUGUCCGAUUUGCCAGUCACCGAUCGACGUGCACCUGGUUGCGAGAAGAAAUCACUGGAGAUGGCUGCGCAGCAGAAUCUCACACCGUUCGACUAUGAGCAGAAGAAGCUGCUAGCCACAAAAGCGAUGCAAAGCAAACCGAAUGCCAGCGACUUCCGUGUACCGACAUCUGCUUGGUCUGGUUACGGUCUUAGCCAGAGUAUUCCACCCAUAAGUACAAGUGACUUAAGCAAGGAAUUGACGUCACAUCCCUCAGAAUUGUGGAAAGAACCGGCCACACCGGUGUUCAAUACCGAGAUGGACUUCGGUAACAUUAUCACGAGCAAAGACCGCAUUGGACUGAUCGGGAUGGCCUCAAACUACAUGGAUCACACGCCGACGUCUCACUUGAACAAAAUCACUUCGACCCAUCAGUACGAUGACCUGGCCAGCAUGCUGACUAGUAUUGGUCUGGAGAAGUAUAUACGCUUGUUCACGUCUAACGAGGUAGACAUGGCUACGUUUCCUUCUCUAACAGAGAAGGAUCUCUGCGAAAUUGGGAUCACUGCUUGGGGAGCGAGGCGCAAAAUAAUGCUGUUAAUAUCCGAAAUGAACAAGCGAACUAGUCCGUUCUCAGGAAGCGCUGCGCCCGGUGCCGAGCGGAAGGCAUCUACGUCCUCGGCGUCGACAUCGUCGAUCGGCAAGUGCAGCCUGGACACCAAAUGGUAAAGGACGGACUAUCGCGUGUAUGUCACUCGUUUUGGACGUGACAGCAUCAUCAAUGCUCUCCAGGUCGAUCGAGAAUGUCGCAGCGUCGGCCAAAAUUACGGAAAGUGAUACGCGUACUUAACGAAACUGAGCGCGGAUGCGUACUGAAAUUCACAAUGAGGACAAAUUCACAAACGAUAGUUCGUACGUUGAUUACGGAAUUUAUUCUUAGGUAUUCGGGAGAAAAAAAUUAGCGGAGAAAGUUAUUUUUGUGCCGGGAACUGGUUGUGUACUUUUUUUUCAAAUUUUUUUGCUGUUCUCGGCGCCACUCGCGGAAGGUGCCUCUAGGAUUUAGGAUAAUUGUUACUAUUUUCGCUGGUUAUACGCUAUUUUCGUUUGCUAAUGAAUGCAGAGUUGUCCAGUCGGUGGAUGCGGCCGCGUCGUUAUUACUGUUUCGUUUCGGUAAUCUCGUUAUCGCUUCGGUAAAUGAAGACCAGUGAAUCAUCGAGGCCAAUUUUCCGCGGAUCCUACCGAUCUGCGACUCAAUUAACACUCCGAAACGCUCGUAAGCGCGCUAGCAAAGUAAAUAAUCGUGCAAAUUAAAUUUAAAAUAAUUGAGAAACGAUCGACGCGCGCAUCUACCGACUCGUGUUAUGUAGUGUCCCUAUGUAAUGGUUUGCAUGAUAAUCGAAUAAUUUGUAUUCAUAUGUGUGCGCGUAUAAAUGCGUGCGCAUGUGUGUGUGUGUGUAUGUGCGAGUGUGUGUACGCAUGUAUGAAAUAUCGGGCAGAAAUGUUUUGAGUAAAGUGCAUGGAAGCAAAAUUUAUAAUAUAAUGCGAUGGGCGAGGGAUGUCCCGUGUGUUCAGCGGCCUUUCGUCCUAGCACAGAGAGAGAGAUUCACAUAUAUUUAAUAUCAUAUACAUAUAUUAUACAUAUAUAUAUAUAUUAGAUAUUUAAAUCAGACUAAGCUCGAAAGCAACCGCGCAUUGGCCGAAAUUGUGAUGUCGAUUGAAAUAUUAUUUAGUUAAGAUUGGACCUGGAUUGUUACACUCUUGAUUACUUGGAUAUUGUGCAAUGAAAACAAGACACAGUUAUGGCGGAGCAAUUUUCGCAAGCGGUUGCGAUUUCGGGUUUUACAAAGCAACGAAGUAUUUAUUAAUUAUUUCGCGAAAGACGCUGGACGCACGUCAAACAAUAGACCGCAAGAACUUUUCGUGUAAAGCAUGUGUUGAAGACGCACAGAACGGUGCAAAACGAAUUCUAUAGCGCAAAUACUUCGCGAGUCACUCUCCGCUUAUCUGCGAGCGAUGCUUUCCGAGGACUGUGCUUGAAUCGAGCAUUGAUAUUUAAGCACGAAACCGACCAUUGUCAAUUAACGAUUGCAUCGGCUAGGAAAUUCGUUAAACCAAAUCAAACCAAAGAGAAAUUAUUCAUUUUAAACUUGGCAGAGCCAAAAUUGUAUUAUACUAAAAAAAUACAAAAAUAAUGUAAUAAAACUCUCAAAAGUUUGAUUUCCAGGAAAACUGUUAUCUCGUUUAACAUGAUCUUUCUAUGACAUUUAUGCCAUGAAGAAAGUAAUUAUGAUUAACGAUUCGAAUAACAAUUCGCACAAGACAUGAUGUGGAACACACGAAUCCAGAAACGAUGCAACGCCAAGUUUAGAUUUCUCGGAUUGUCCUCGCGCGCAGAGAGCUCAGCUGCAAUCGAUUUCGCAAAACGAUCGUUUUAUAGACAUAAGAUAUAUUUCGUUCACAACAUAAUUUAUUAGAAUUUUUAAGCAUUAUUUUUGUUAAUUUUUUUCGAACAAAGGAAUGAAAGCGUUAGGUAAAUUGAUUCACAAAUCACGCGCAGUAUCAGUCUACUAGAUAUUAAUCCGCAUCGAACAGAUACUCGAAAUCGAACGAAGAAGCUACGACUUAUUUUGCAGAGAAAGGGGAAUCGGUUCUCUCGUGAGUUCAAUCCACGAUCACCGAUCCCGUGGGCCGUCCCGCAUAAAAAUCGUUAAAGAUUCGAGUGCGGGAUCGCGCGAUCGAAUAUGCCUAACGAACGAUUUUACUGCGAAGAGUUCUUGACUAAGUCUUUUGCGAAGUCUUUUUAAGCGUAAAUUAUUUGUGCGCUCGCGAAUUGAUCAGAACAUUAAGGGAGGAAUUAGUGUUCGCGGAUGUGAUAUGAUAUUCGACUGUCCGCUUCUAUUGCCCGUUCCUCGUUUUUUCUUUUUUUUUCAUCCAAAUGAUGAUAAAUCUGAUUGUUUAAAAUAGAAGAACUUCCAAGAUCCUCUAGCGGGAUCGUCACAAAGACCGCACGAUACAGUUGCAAGAGCACAUGUGGAUGUGGAUGAGGGUGAUAUACCGCAUUUUCACAUAAUAAUAUUAAAGUAAUACCUUUGUAUGGAUAAAUUAAUGUCAUUAAAUAUUACUAGCAAUUUGGUAACACAGAAUAAAAAAUUUUGCCUUGCUGCGAAAAAUUAUCUUCACACUGUUUAGCUACACAAUACUACAGUUACUAUUACAUUUUGUUGAUGGUACAAUCUGUUUAAUGAGUUCAACAAGUUUAGUUCAUAGAUCUCGUUGCGAACAACCAUUAAUUCAAUUUCAAAUAUCAGAACGCAAAAGUUAAAAAGUCAUUUAUAAAAGAGUGUCAAGCGAAAAUUGAAGCGUUGGGAAUGUUUCUUUAACGUUUCUUAGAUUUAUUCUAUCUAAAUGCUGCACAUCGCUUUCAUCUAGUUGCGUUUAUAAUGUAUGUCACCCCGGAUUGCUACUUGCUGUUUCCGCAAGGAGCAAGAGAAAAUACCUUUUGUGGCAGCGAUUAAUUGUGAUAUCAAUCAUUUAUUAUUCUUAAGAGGAAUCCUGAUCGGUAAAGGGUAUCGAAAUGAUUCGCUAUCGAGAGGAGGAAGAGAAAGAAAGAUGAUAUCCCGUGAAGUGCUUAUUCAUGACCGAGCGAGGACAAUUGUGUGUGAUAUGUCUGUUGGUCGCUGCGGAUAAAACUAUGCAUAUCCAUAAUCAUGAAUAAACGAAGCAGCGCAAGCGUCCUCGUGCUUAAAAAGCACUAACUCGACUAUCGGCACUCAUCGGCACUCCGUUUCUUACAUAGGGCAUCUCGAGUUCUUGGGACUAAUACUCGAGAGAAAUAAUCUCAGAAUUCAGAAAAAAGACUUGAUAAAAUCAAAUUUCUUCCAAAUUACGGAAGAUGGAAAGAUAAUGCAGAAGAAAUAUUUCGAGAAAAUAAUAUUUUUCUGAAUUCUAGUCUUAUCUUUUGAUAUUCGUUUAAUGUUUUUGCGAUUUCCGACAAAGUAUAUGCGAUCACCCUAUUCACGUGGCACACCACGUGGCAAGAUGUGCCCUUUGCCAGUCAGGAAUCAACGAUUCUUUACAGGUGUGUAGACUGUAACCUUAGUCCUGAGAAGAAUGCUGUUAAUGUUCCUAUGCGUAAAUACGUACUGCAAUCCCGUGCAAGAUUUAGCUUAUACGGUAUAGGCAUAAUAGCGGAAAUUAGCGUUAAAAAGAGGGGAACGCGUGCACGAGGAGAAAAACGACAACGAUAAACAAAAGCUUCUAGCUAGUGCUCGAGCAUUUCGAUUAACAAGAAUCGAUUACGUCGGGAAGAGAGGAAGAUACGUCUUCGAAUUGUAUGUGUGUGUGUGUGUAAAAAUCGCAGUUUCUCCACUAUCCCUUCCUUCUAGUCCCUUAAUCCCUUGACACUUUUUGCGCCCAGCAAAUAACAUGACAGACUUCUCUCUCUUUCUUUCAUAUCGCGGAAACGAAAUUUUCCAGAAUUCAUGUGUCAACGCGUAAUAAUUAAUCGCGAUCGGCCACAUUCGCGAGAUUACACGACCUAGAUUUCACUGCGUUUACGAGAAUGCGUCACGAAAAAUAUUCUCAAGUUGUGUAAUGUAAUAUAUAGUGUAUCGUGAGAGUAUAUAUUUUUCACUAUGUCUUUGCGUCGAGAGAAAAUAUUACGAUUUACGAAGUAUUUCAUCGCAGCAAAUUGUGGACUUUUUCCUACCUGAUACAUCGAGUACACACAAUUCAAUUAAUUUAUAUGUAGCAUUCGGAGCUAGAAUGGAUUAAGUUCGUAACUUGCACGAUCUUUUUUAGCUAUUCAAUAUUUGGAGUGCACUUCGCAACUUGCAGACAUAAUCUGUUUUAGUUUUAUACGUAUGUAGCGCAACUAUUAUCUUCUACUAAUUUCUAAAUGUUUCUAACAGAGAAGUGUAUAAUUUAUAUGAAAAUUACUAGAUCUUUCCUAAAUAUCUUGGAAAGACUCUAAGUCGCCACGUAACCAUGUUUUGCCUUCAAAGUAGAUCUGCGAUUAUGUUUUGCAUGAUUCGAGAAUACUCCUCGACUGGAGGAUUUAAUGGUCUCAUAUAUUUUUUAACAGUUCGGGAGUAAAUUAAUCUAAAUGUUGCAAAAAUAAAAUUCGAAUUAAUUUUAAUAUAAUUCCGAUUUAUUUUGGAUUACUGGAAUUAUAUUAACGAAUUUAUCCGAUUCAUUAAGUCGAAUCUAAUUUAUUUCCAAUCAAUUGCAAUUACAAUCGAGUUUUCUCAAUUCAAGAUCAAUUUUCUCGAACAUCUAAAAAUAUCAGAUCACGGUUGCACGAAAUUCUUAAUUAUACUUUCUGUAGAUUCCGAAAAAACCGAACACGCUUCUACUUUGAAAACAUGUCGAAUGCACAUUGAAAUUCACGAUUAUUAAUGCAAUAAUCAUAACGCAGUACGCCAAUCAUUCCCACAUAUCGUUAAAAUGAUAACGAACGUCUUACAAUAUUACGUUCUUCCUUUCAUCCUCCAGACAUGUCGUUGUUUUCCGCUAAGCGAGACCGAGCUGAAAUCGUACUCCUCGGUACAACAAGGACACUUGAGACAAUUCAAUUAUCGUCACUAUGCUGAUAAGAGAGAGCGAAAUUAAGAUAAGGAGUUCGCCCGAAAAAGACGGGAAUAACAAUGAAAAUUUUGCGGAGACAGAGAUUCUCACGUUACGAAUGUUUGCAAUUUUUAAUGAUAGUAUAAAAAUAUAUGUAUUAUAUGAAAUAUAAUCUUUUCAAAUAUACAAACUGAGAAUUGUGCGAGUUACAUGCGUCCGAUUUGCUGUGCGCUUGAUUAUUUUUGGGGUGAACUCCGCUUUUGUAACUGUGUAAGAUUAUUAAGUAUUAGAAUAGAGCAAAGUCGCGGCGCGCGAUUGCGUAAAUGCGAAUACCUCAAAAAGGAAAGCCGAUAUUUGAGAAGAGAUUUCUUGUAAAAUGUGGAGCCGCACUAUACAAUUGUAUUAUAAAUCGCACAUUCCAAAGAAAAAGCAGAAACAAUAAGAAUUCGAACUCGAAUUCAAUUUAUAAUGUCGUAGGAGAGAUGGACGGAGAAGUGUUAAUUUAUGUGUAUGUGUGUGUUUUGCGUUUUUUUCCCUCUGUGCUAUAAUGCUUAUGUUGUUUCUUGUGUAAUAAAUCGGGGGACGUACCCGCCCAUCGAGCGCAGGUGCAGCAACUGAAUUAAUCAAUGAAUGUGUCAUUACCGCAUGCAAAUAAUCGAUCCGUCAAUCGCGUACGGUCAUAGAUGAAGCGUUUUAUAAUAUACAGCAGCGCAAUAUAAUAUUUUUAUAUAUGAUCUAAUCUAAUAUAACUUUGAUAAGAACCAACGGAAAGAGGGGGGGGGGAUAGAGAGAGAGAGAGAGAGAAAGAAAGAGAGAGAGAAAGAUAUUAUAUCGUAUUGGUCUAUUAUUAAUUAUAUUACCAUUGUUGUUGUUUGUAUCGGGAAAAAUGAUUAUAAAGAAACGUUAGAAAAAUAUUAUAGUCGCCCGAGAUUGGGAUUUGUUGUAUUGAAAUGAAGAAUAAAGAAGAUUUUGUA